GGAUCCUCAUUUCAUGCCACCCGUGUACCGCAGUUUAAAGAAAGAAGCUGCAAAUAAGUUGCCUCGAGAACUCUAAUAGCUAGCCAAACAUUUCAAUGGCGAACUUGCAAGUUUGGUGCCAGGAAGAAAGCGUUCAAAAUAAAACUUGGCUUGUUAGGCUUCUUCUCACCGUGUUUUUCGGAAUCGUCCAAAUAAUUUCCGAUGCAAUAUAUUGGUUCAUUUACCGAAACAAAGAGAAAACCCAACUACCUGCCAUAGAAGACCCGAUCUUGUUAGAGAGUGCAACGAGCUUAGCCAAGAAAAUCAGGACACAGAAGAUAACCAGUGAAGAAGUCGUCAGCGUUUUUAUCAAUAGAAUCAAAGCCGUGAACCCAAUCAUCAACUGCGUUGUUGAUAAUCGGUUUCAGCUGGCAUUGGAGGAGGCUCAAAAGGCGGACAAAUUAAUUCAAUCCGGAGAAAAGGAUGAAGAAACCUUAGAAUUGGAGACUCCAUUCUUUGGAGUCCCUUUCACCAUUAAAGAUUGCUUUUCUGUAGCCGGAUUGCAUUAUACUUCCGGCCUAGUGAAACGAAAAGACUUGAUUGGCCAGUUUGAUUCGGAUGUUGUCGCUCUCAUGAAGAACGCUGGAGCUAUCAUGUUGGCAAUCACGAACGUACCCGAACUUUGCAUGUGGUGGGAAUCUCUCAAUAACGUUUAUGGUCGAUCACGCAAUCCCUACGAUACCAACAGAACAGUGGGAGGCUCAUCUGGCGGAGAGGCCGGUCUUCUUGCAUCUGCUGGUUCUCCCUUCGGAAUCGGUUCCGAUAUUGGUGGAUCGAUCCGUUUACCAGCAUUUUUCAACGGAAUCUUCGGCCACAAACCAACUUCAGGAAUUGUAAGUAAUCACGAACAACAACCAGUGGCGGGAAAAGUUCUUCAGACUUACUUGGUAACCGGUCCGAUGAGUCGAUUCUGUUCAGAUUUGCUUCCAAUGUACCGCAUCCUAGCGGCUGACAAUACAAAGAAAUUGAAACUGAAUGAGAAGGUUUCCUUGUCCAAAAUACGCUAUUUCUACGUGGAACAUUUUGGUAAAAAUCCGAUUUUGAGCCGCGUACAUCCGGAUUUAAAAGAGGCUCAGAGAAAAGUAGUGCGACAUAUCGAGAAAACUUACAAUGUCCCUGUUCAAAAGAUGAAAUUCCCAAAAUUGUACCAUGCGAUGGAAAUGUGGUCCGUCAAAAUGACCGCUGCUGGUAAUCCACCAUUCGUUGCAGAAUUGGCUAUGGGAAAGGGACAAAUUUCUCUGAUUGCCGAGUUUCUCAAGUAUUGUGUUGGCCAAUGUGAGCACACAUUAUUUGCACUUGCUAUGGGAUUACUGGAGAAACUGUGUCCUCCUUCAACGCAUCCUUUGUCUGUGAAGAUGAUUGAAAUGUGCGAUGAGUUACAAAAAGAGCUACAGGAACUUUUGGGAGAUGAUGGCGUUCUACUAGUUCCACCCCAUCCUACUGCUUCCUUUUAUCACAAUCAAUCGUUAACAAGGCCUUUCGACUUUGCCUAUGUGGCGAUUUUCAACAUUCUCGGCUUUCCCAUCACUCAGGUGCCACUUGGUCUUGGAUCAUGGGGCGUUCCAUUAGGAGUCCAAGUGAUUGGUAAUUUGCGCAACGAUCACCUGACUCUGGCCGUUGCAGCUGAGCUGGAAAGGGCGUUUGGUGGAUGGGUAUCUCCUUCGCCAAUCUCCUGUUAGUUCGCGAAACAUCUAAAUUUGUCUUGAAUUAUUUGCAAUAAACCAUUCCUAAU